UAUAGUUCGCAAUUGCACAUAUUAAUAUAUUAUUAUUCCAAACUACGUGUUUUCAUCAUUUAGACACCCAUACAGUCCACCGAUCCAUUAUAUUUUGGUCCUUUCGUCGCCGUUAUAUUGAAAUUUCAUACAUUUUGGUCCUUUCGUCGCCGUAAUACUGAAAUUUCAUACUUUUGGUUGUUUUCGCUGCCGUAAGUUGAAAUUUAUCGACCUAAAUUAUUUUCCAAAUUUUCAUUUUCAUAUUGCAUCACAUUAUAUCUUCUAUCAUUUCUAUUUUCCGUCAUAUUUUUUUAUUGUUUAACAUGGUAGAGACACGUAGUAAAACCAAUUCAGUUGCGAACCUAAUGGCUGUAGAAGUCGGACGGCCGUAUUACGAUCACUCCGAACAAUCGCGCCGCGUAUGGCCGGCUUCUACAACCACAGUUGAGGAUGUUUCGGCAUCAUUGGCUAGAACAGUUGCACAUACGGCGGACGCCUCGAUUUCGGUACAAGCAUCUUCUUGCUGUACCAAGCGUUCUAGCGACACCACUAGCUCAUGUCGAGUCGAUGCCGAUAUAUCUCUCUCUCAUAAGACAAAAAGCUGUUACAGAAACGAGCGAUCGCGAAUUUCGCGGUCGUCCGCGAUUGUCCGCGCUCAGAAGCUCGCCGUCGAAGCAGAACUCCUGCGAUGCAGAGUGGCACGGCAACGUGAACUCGUACGUCUACAGGCAGAACGCGAGCAGAAACUAGCGCGUUUGGAGUUCGAGGCUGAGCAGAGAGAAUUGGAAGCGAAGCUCGCCGCACUGGAUGCCAAAGAUAAGUCUGCACAUCGUAGUUCUCGUCCUUCUAUUCGCGAUACUAAAAAACGUACCGCGACAUGGGUUUCGGAACACAAUGCAACCAUGACCAUGGUAACGCAUGUGAACAUACCUGGUAAGGAACCGACUGUCACCUUGGAUGAUAUCCAAGGCACCCCAUUACAGCCGGCCAUCCUUUCCAACACGGUCCCGUCACAUGUACCACAUGUCAACUAUGCAAACGAACUGAAACCUACACGUAUCAUCGAAGAUGAUAACUGCGCAACCUUAGUGCGACUUCCGGCAGUUGAGCUUCCACUAGCGAACCCGGCACCACAGCUUACUCCCAAAAUCAGUAGUAGUUCUAACUAUUCAAAAAAGCCCAAUCAGAGUAGUUACGAGACAACUAAACGUAAUUAUUCCACAGCCGAAAACUUAACACGUUUAUACAACGCUUUUCGGGGACCGGCGUACGAGAUCGUGGCGUCACUCCUGCGGACCUCCCGAGAGCCUUGGGUCGUCAUGAGCGCACUGGAGCAGGCAUACGUCCGAUCAGAAUAUAUCACCACCCGCGUGAUCGGGAAGUUACGCAAAACCCCUGAGUUAAGUUCUCCUGAAUCACGUAAUUUUCAAUCUGUGACAAAAAUAAAGUUGCUAUCUCAACUUUCAUUACUAAAUGAAAACAAGCAACUACUUUAUAAUGUUGUACAAGAUUACCUUAUUAAGUCACACAGUACUGUCAGACCAAACCAUGAGCUUUAUUGCCACAAAGAUAGCAUGCAUUGGACAAAAUACUUAUAUUUCAAUACCUUAAAACUAUAUGACCCAUAUGGCUUAUUAAAGCUAAUUGUCAUUUCGGGUCGUAUUGUAUUGCAGAAAAUGUGUGAAAUAAGUAUUUACAGGGACUCUUCUAAGAUAUCUCAGAAUUAUAAUUUUGAGAACAAAGAGAACUGGUUCACUCGAUCACAGAGUGCCACCAACAUUCCGCGUGCCAGUAUAAUUCCGCGUUGGUUACAAAUUAUACAAGCAUUGGUUACAAAUUACAAACCUGCGUUGCUUAUGACUUAUGACUAUGGUUUUGACUAUACCUCCUUUGUAAGUACUGAGGUAUGCAUCGCACUACAACAACCACAUUUUAUACCUCAAUUGAGAUGGUUGGCUGGCGCACUAUUCUUUUUAGUACCAUCACUUUUUGGGUUGACUGAAAACGCCAGCAACGCAGAGGAGACCGCGCUAGGAUUAAAACCGGAACUAGUGAGGUUGUUCUCCUGCGUCCCCUUACCCGAUCCUCCAUGGCUCCGCGUUCUCCAAGGUGUAGGUCUAUUUCGGCUUAAACUGUCUCGGCCAAUAGCCUUAACUUCUAAAUUGUUUUUAGAUGGCACCACAUUUCCCUCACGACUUUGUGCAAGAGACGACACAGAAGCCCAGAAGACGCCUCAACAAGCUGAAAUAGACAACUUCCCUGAAGAGCGGAAGGCCAAGCAGCCCGUGCCCAGCUAUUUUGCAACACGCACCGGUACCAGAAGAAAGCGGGAAAGAGACGUUGGUAACUUGAAGGGUUUCAACAGUAAAACAUUACAAAUUGAAGUAUUAUUUAAUUUAAUUCCCAUUAAUAGAGUUUACGUUCACGGAUGGUAUUGAGCCUUUGAGUUUGAUGAGAGACAGUCCGCCCCGCGUGUGUUCUACCAUUUAUAUAAUGAAUUGUGUUCAGGACAACAAUUUGACAUGAGCAUCACCCAGCGUCAUAUACAUUAACUAGCGCACCCUGCGGCAACAUUAAUUCACGCACACUUCAAUAGUGUGCAUACACUGUGAUGUUUUAGAAGAGUUUCCUUCUAAAGUCGCUUGGGUUGCGUAAUUAAUUACUGUAUUUCAAAGAACCUAACUAUUUAAUAUAAUAAUACGUUUUUUAUUGUAAACUAUCUGUCCCCGGAUUCACUCGCCUGAAAUUUAUAGCUUGUGUUAUUUUGAUGUAUAAACUAUAUUAUUAUGAAGUUUUAUUAAAAUCCGUUCCGUAGUUUUUACGUGAAACAGUAACAAACAUCCAUCCAUACAGACAAACAGUCGCGUUUAUAAUAUUAGUAAUACAAGACACAGCAAGUAUUGCUUCUUGUAAUCGCUGUCAUUCUCAGCCAGUAUUAUGUAGGUACAUUCCCGUUGUUAUUAGAAAUUAACACGAGUUAUCGAGAUCAGCUUCAAUAACUUAUGCCAAUCAUAUGUCAAUUCAAUUCUGUGUAUUUGGACUUAUAUACCAGCGAAUAGCAAUUUGAAAUGUGCUUUGUCUAGAGGGGAUGGUUGAACAACCAUAAUAUGUUAUCUGAUUAAUUAUUUCCUCAUCUAGAGACAGAAAGAAAUAGAAAUAGAAAAUCAUUUAUUCAAUGUUUUUUAAAUCUACCGCUUAUUCGGAAAGCUUUCUCAUCACAAGAAGAAUAAGCAAGAAACUUGUGUGUUGCUCUACACACAAGUUUCUUGCUUAUUAUUAUAUACAGAGCAAGUAUUUCCGUCUAGUCGUCAAUUUUAUGGAAAAGUUGCCGGUUUUGUUAGUGUGUUAAACGCUACUAAAUGGUUACUAUAGUUGAUCUAUAUAUACUAUAGUUAGAUCUGCAAUGAGAAUCAUCGACAGUUUUGUAUAUUCGUUUAUCCAUAUUUAAAAUAUGAGAGUUCUUUUUAUA